CUGGCAUAAUUUUUGGAAAUAUAUUUACUGAUACACUUUACGAAACGUAAUUUUAUGUAUCUAGCCUAAUCACUUGCAGUAAAAAUUGUUCUCGCGUUGAAAGUACAUUUGAUUAAAUAUGAAUAUUCUACCAAAGAAAAGGUGGCAUGUACGUACCAAAGAGAAUAUUGCUCGUGUACGUCGAGAUGAAGCAAAAGCUGCAGAAGAAGAAAAAGUUAAACACGAAAGAGCUCAGAAGGCUGAAACCGAAGCAAGAAUCGAUUUCCUAAGAGAUACAGCAAGAUCAAAGUACGAUGGACGAGAACAAACACAGAAGACAGAAAUUAUUGCAUCUACCUCAAAGUGGGAACAUGUUAAUUUUUUUGCUGAUCUUGAAGAAGGAAAAAUUGAUUAUAAUAAGCCUAAUGCAGAACAUGAGAAAGAAAAGAAAGACGAACGAGAAAAGUAUGAAAAACAAAUUGGUUAUCUCACGUAUCUUGGACAAGACACUAAUGAAGCAACAGGCAAGAAGAACUGGUAUGAGGAAUUACCUGAAAGGUUAAGAGACACAGAAAAAGAUAAAGAAGUACAAGUAAAAAGGAAGGCAUUGGAUGAUCCAAUACAUGAUAUUAAAAAGUACUUAAAGAUUAUGGAAGCUGGUUCUACAGAGAAAUCUUCAAAAAUGAAAUCAGAUACUAUUAAAAAAAUGAAGUUCGAUUCAGAGGAUAGUGACUCUGAUAAAAAAAGUUGUAAAUCUUCUAAAAAACAUAAACAUAAAAAAUCUAAAAAACAUAAAAAAGAAAAACAUGAAAGUAAAGAAAGACAAAAUAUUGAAAAACCAAGUGUAAAUAUACAAAAAUUAAGAGCAGACAGAUUAUUAAGAGAACAGAGUGAAAAAUUAAGAACCGAAGCAUUGUUAGCUAAAUUAAGAGGAGAUCCAAUUCCAGUAGUGACACCUGAAGCACCAUUGAAGCCUGGUAUCAAACAAAAAUAUAAUUCACAAUUCUUCCCUGAAAUUGCUAGACAAAAUGCUGAAAGAACACCUAAUGUAUAUUCAAUGAGGGAAUAGUGCAAAGUGUAAGUUUUAACUUUAUUUCAUAAUUGUGCAACAUUUUCUAUUAUCUAAAAAUGAAAAGCUAAUUACUAUUACAAUUAUGUAAACAUCAACUCGUGUACAGAUGUUUAAACAAUAUUUUAUAAGAUCUGUGUGUCCAGUUACUAGUAUAGUGAGUCCUCAAGUUACACAAAUUUGUUAAUAAUCAGUUGUGUCCCCACUUAUGUUCUUAUACAAAUGUUGCAUGUGCGUAUGUAAUUUAUACGUAUAUUAAAAAAAAGUUUCAUUUU